AUCUAAUUGCCAGGUCCCUGGUGUCUAAUUACCAUCCGCAUACUCCGUAAUCAUUCAAUCGCCUGUCUCACUGUCCAGAACAUCAGCGCAUUCCGGCAAUAGCAACAUAUGGCUGAAACUGAACUUCGAGACCUAUACGGCUCCGUCGACUGAACAUUACUGCUCUAGAUACUCAAAAUACUGGAAUGGGGCCUAAAAUAGCCUCCUCAAGGAAAGACACGAAAGUCUCAAAAAAGGACUUCAAGUCGAACAAGACUUCCAGUAAGGCUGUCUCACCGAAAGGAUGGCCUUCAGGCAUCUCCUACAUCCGGCGGCCUGCUUACUCCAAACAAUUGGCUCCUGAAGUCCUAACAGCACUCAAUACACCCGCAACCACCUCGCCCACGAUUAUCAAAUCAGCGGCUCCUUACUCGAAUGUCCGGAUUACCCCCAUCUCUUCUCCCACCCACCCGGCACAUAACCAACAUGGCCUUUUCGCUGCGCAAAGCCUCCAGCCCAACACUCUCAUCCUACCCUACCUCGGCUACGUCCACGGCAAAGCCGAGGAAGACCCAGCGUCCGACUACGAUCUUUCCCUCGACCGCGAGCUAGGCAUCGGUGUGGACGCUACGAGGAUAGGUAAUGAGGCGCGCUUCAUCAAUGACUACCGUGGCGUAGGGCCGCCGGUACCAAAUGCUGAAUUUAGGGGGGUGUGGUUGGAUGUGGGAGGGGGUGCUGUAGAGAAGGUUAUGGCGGUUUAUGUGUUGAGUGCAGGGAAGAGCGGGAAGGGGGCUAGAGCAAGGGGCAUUAAAAGCGGAGAGGAGGUGCUUGUGAGCUAUGGGAAGGGGUUUUGGGAUGAGCGGAAGGGAGAGGAGUGAGGAUCCUGCUCAUAGGCUGCCCAAGUCCCCCGAACGAACUCAAUGCGUUUGCGAACGCUUGUAAAGCUACGAAACGGGGCAUUUGACGACGACGUCGACUUUUCAGCUUGCUGCCAUCAAAGUGCCACCUCACUCCUCUUAGAAAAGUCGGGCUUUAGUCGCUCGUCCUAUAUAUAAGUAAAAGAUGUUAUCCAAAAUAUCACACUAUCUACUCAACCUCAC